AUGACUCCGCUUUCGACACUGCACCGUCUCAGCAUCUCCGUCCUCAUCGUCAGUACCCUCACACAACACUUUGUCGGAGCAAUACCGCAUGCUAUAUACUACCCGCGCCAGGCAUCUCCCAUUGCUGGGCUACAACUGCCAGGGUGUGCGCUGCGAUGCUUGAUUACGGAACUGGUACAAGAUGGGUGUGCGGGUGAAACGGACUUUGCGUGCCAUUGUCAGGGUGGAAAGUUGAUGCAGGCUUCUUCGGCGUGUAUUACGCAAGGAUGUGGAAGUGUGCAGCGAGAUGAGGCAGAUGCAAAGGUUCAGGGAUGGUGUGGGAGCGUCAUGGAUGAUGGAGGGUCAUCGAUAGCAAGCUCGAGUACGCCGUCGAGUACGCAGUCUAAUGGUCAAGAAGCUGCAGUGCCGACUCAGUCGUCAACGAAUGCUGCGACAACAUCACAACCCACGAACACGAUUCAAUCUACAGCACUGGCUAGUACACCGACUGGAACUCCCGGAAAUCCACCACGUUCUUCAUCACUAACACCCAGCGAGACGCCCUCACCGACAGGAACAGCAGUACCCGCAUUACCGGAAUCAUCCACGCUAUCUUCAGGCGCAAAAGCAGGAAUAGGCAUCAGCGUCUCGAUUCUCUCCAUCAUCGCCGGCGUCAUCCUCAUCUGGUACAUCCACCGCCACAAGAGCCAAGCGCAAGCCGCAAAAACCGCAAACACCCAAGCACCACCACUUUCCAACAACGAGGCCAUCCCUCGCGGAAGCCAGGACACGGGUGCUUGGUCUACAGAUGCCAAUAACCCCUAUCCCAUCAGUCCCAUGUCGCCCUCGUACCCCGCUGGCAUGCAAGAAACCACUGUCUCGAACAUCGGGUACGGCAUGGUGAUGAAGAAACGGGGCCACGUGCUGAGUAUCCUGCUGGAGCGCGACGACGAAGACGCGAGUAGUCUCCGUGUGCGAGAGCCUGUUCCGGGUCAGCGAGAGGGGCUCGCGGAACCGGUUGAGCUGGAUGGAAUCGGUGUUGCGAUUAGUGAGCUACCUGCUACGAAUACGCCGAGAAGGAGUUUAGAGAGGUAA